UCUUCAUAGAAAGAAACCUCAUUUCAUCCGUUACUUGCCUAAAUAUUCUCAUUCACUAUUUCAGGAAUCAUUCAUAUUCCAAAUCUCUCUCUCUCUCUUGAUGAUCGUUCAUCUCUACUGACCAAAGUCCCACCCUUUGAUUUCAAAUCAAAAGAUCAUAUCAGACUCUUACUUAUCUCGCAUUCUCCAGUUUUGUUAGAUCUACAAAACCUCCUCUCUGUUUUGGUUCAAAGUACGAACCUUUGUAUAAAAGAUCAAAACCACAUUUGAUCCAAAAAGCUCGAAUCUUUGCGUUGUUUUGGUGGUGGUGUGAGGAUUAGUGAAAAAGCAUAAGUAGGCUAAUCAAAACCACACAGUUUCCUGAUUCCUAAUCAGGAAGCUGUGGGAAAAAAAUUAUGGGAUGCAAUUGCUCCAAAGGAACAAGAACAAACGGUACCGUGAGGAACAGUGUGAAGGAGAAGAAAAAGUCUGCUUCUUUGAGCAAAGCCAAUGUAGGAGGAAUCGAGGAAAGAGCCAGCUUUAUCAACAGCAACAGCAACAGCAACGAAGCCACAUUGGAGCUGUUGACACCCUCUGAUGAUGCUGAGAAGAAGGAGAGAAAAUCUUCCAGAUCUGUGUUCCAGAGAACGCUCACCACAGACGCCAGUAAAGUAGGAGCUAAGAUGACUAGAAUAGCCAGUGUUAGUAACGGAGAACGAGGAGCUCAGGUUGUGGCUGGCUGGCCUUCAUGGUUAGCCUCUGUUGCUGGAGAAGCUAUCAACGGUUGGAUUCCACGCAAGGCGGACUCCUUCGAGAGGAUGGAAAAGAUUGGACAAGGGACGUAUAGCAGUGUGUACAAAGCUAGGGACUUAGAGACGAACAAGAUAGUUGCACUGAAGAAAGUGCGGUUUGCUAAUAUGGAUCCUGAGAGUGUUAGGUUCAUGGCGAGAGAGAUCAUCAUCCUACGUAGGCUUGACCAUCCUAAUGUAAUGAAGCUUGAAGGUUUGAUCACUUCGAGAGUGUCAGGGAGUAUGUACCUUAUCUUUGAGUACAUGGAGCAUGAUCUCUCAGGGCUUGCUUCAACCCCUGGUGUUAAGUUCUCUGAGGCACAGAUUAAAUGCUAUAUGAAACAGUUGCUACAUGGUCUAGAACAUUGUCACAGCCGAGGUGUAUUGCAUCGUGACAUCAAAGGCUCCAAUCUUCUCCUUGACCCCAACAACAAUCUCAAAAUUGCGGAUUUUGGUCUUGCCAAUUUUUACGGAGACCACCACCAGAAGCAGCCUCUCACUAGCCGUGUUGUGACUCUGUGGUACCGUCCGCCUGAGCUCCUGCUCGGUUCAACGGACUACGGCGUUACUGUGGAUCUGUGGAGCACGGGGUGCAUUUUUGCUGAGCUUUUUAAUGGGAAGCCUAUCAUGCCUGGAAGAACUGAGGUGGAACAACUGCACAAGAUCUUUAAACUCUGUGGUUCACCUUCUGAAGAGUAUUGGAAGAGGUCGAAGCUUUCGCAUGCCACCGUCUUUAAACCUCAGAAUCCUUACAAGAGGUGUGUAGCCGAGACGUUUAAGAGUUUGCCAUCUUCAGCUUUGGCGCUAGUGGAGGUUCUUUUAGCUGUUGAACCAGAUGCACGUGGAACCACGGCUCAUGCCCUUCAAAGCGAGUUCUUUACGACAAAGCCUUAUGCAAGCGACCCAUUAAGUUUACCAAAGUACCAAUCCAAAAAGGAAACUGAUGUGAAGCUUCGAGAGGAGGAAGCAAGACGGAAGAAAGGCACAAGCAGUAAGCAGAACGAGUCGAAACAAGUAUCUAGAGAAUCCAAAGCUGUGCCGGCUCCAGAUGCCAAUGCUGAGUUACUAACAUCAAUACAAAAACGUCAAGGGCAGAGUAAGCAGACAAGCAUGAGUGAGAAGUUCAAUCCUAAUGAAGACGCAGCUGGCUUCCUGAUCGAACCACUGAAGAGUGGAACCGGACACAACGGUUACGCACGCAAUGGUGUGUCCUCGGGCUCGAGUAGGUCUCCUCCUAGAAAAGAACUGAGGGGACAACGGUCUUUUGUUCAACGCGGAGCGGCGCAGUUGACAAAGUUCUCAAACUCGGUAGCUGCUAGAGAUGCGUCACAUUUCGCUAUAGCAAACCCACGGUGGCUUGAAGAUAGGUUGAAUAAUAACAACAACGGAAAGCAUGACGAUGGUGAUUGGUCCCAACGUUUGCUGGUUAAACCCAAAGAUUGUACAAAGGACAAAGAAUCCAUACGGGGCUACGGUGAAAAGACAGAGAAAAUGAACUACUCAGGGCCGUUAGUUUCUGCAGGAGGGAACUUAGAUGAAAUGUUGAAAGAACAUGAAAGACAGAUUCAGGUAGCGGUUCGAAAAGCUCGAGUGGAUAAGAAGAGUAAUAGGGAUGAUCAUGGACAGACACAAGCGUUUCUUGCUGCAAACGGUAGGUGAGAGAUAUCAAACAAUCAAAGAGAAGAAAAUAAAGAAUCUUAGGUGAAGUCUUGUGUAGUGUUGAAAGCUAGACUUGUGUAAUUUAUUUAUUCUUCAUUCGUUUCAUUUUUUUAAUUUUUUUUUUAAUGCUAGUAGAGUUCUCAUCAGAAAAAUCAUUAUUGUA